AUGCCAAACACUCAGGGCAGCGCCGCUGCCGUUGUGACUGCCGCAUCGGGAGCCUCGCGUACUGUCUUCAACGCCGGACACACCAAGGUAGAGUUCAACCAGUACUGGUACUCCAGGAACACGAUCCACCACCUUGUACGUGAGGUGUGUCAUCACGCCACCGCCUGUGCCUUCUUAUCCACGCCGUCACUCUUCUUCGCACUGGACGACCGCCGUGGUGAUGAGACGGCCGAGGACGAGUCACGGCUGAAGCAGCUCCGGCACAGCAGUCGCGUGUUCGAGUACGACCUUCAGUGGUCCAGCGACCCGUGCUUCGUGCACUACGACUUUCACCAGCCAGAGCAGGUGCCGGUCCAGUACAUGGCUGCCUUCGACUACGUUGUCGCUGACCCGCCAUUCAUCACCGCGGAUGUGUGGACGCAGUACGCAGCCACCGCAAAGCUGCUGCUCAAGGAGGGCGGCAAGUUGCUCUUCACGACGGUGCCGGAGAAUCACUCACUGCUGGAGAACCUGCUCGAUCGCCCGCUCUUCAUUGCCGACUUCUACCCCCUUGUGGAGCACCUAACGUACCAGUACGUGUGCUUCCUCUCGUACGAGCCCACCUGCCUCGCUCAGCCGAACGCGGAGCUGCCCGAAAUAGACGCGAAAAUGGUCGCUGCUAUUCACAUGGCAAACGACCUGCGCUCCUCGGAGAAGGAGUUCGCGCUGCAGAUGGCGCAGCGCAAGCGCGAGGGUGAGGAGCGGCUGCCCACAGCCGCCUUUGAACGGGACAACGAACUCGCACGAAAUCCGAAGGUCAGGGAACGCGUGAAGGCGGAGCGAAACGCUGUCAACUGGGACACGAUCCCGAUCGAGAAGAUGGAGUGGGGUUACAUCCCCGAGGGGCUCACCGUCUACCCGGAGGGAAACGUGCCACCGGCUGAGGUGCGGCAGUGGGCUGUGGCUGGCAACAGCGAUGAACUGGCUGCAACGGCAUCCUCAACAUCCGAGAACUUUGGCCCCGAGUACAAUGCAUGUCUGCGCCUUCGCACAAAUCUCGAUACCUUCAAGAGCUCCAUUGACGCCAUGCAGCGCCACAUGGACGCGCAGAUGAAACUACGCCACCAGCGGGUAAAGCUGAGCAAGGAGCUGACUAUGCUGAAGGAGGCAUCGAAGCCUCACGGCGACACCGCUGAAAACGCCGCGUCUGUCGUCACGGCAGCUGCCGCAGAUUCUGCUGCCUCUUCCAUCGAAGCACAAGUUGCCGAGGCAACGAAUGCGAUUGAAGUGAAUGAGCGAGAGCGGGUCGAGCGGCUGGACGAAAUGGCGCUGCUGGCGCGGCAGAUUGAAAAGGAAGAGGCGGCGCUGGCGGCGCUCGCACUGCAGCCGCUCUCCUCUUUUCCAACUGAAAUGGCAGCCACUGGUGACGCGGAUACCGACCCAACAGGUGCAAGCGGUGAAUCGUCCCUAUCUGCUGCCACCCUGCAUCACAUUCCCUACGCGUCGGCCAUGACGGAGUGCAUUCAGGCGUAUCGCACGGUGGAGGCGAAGAGGGUGCCGCUGCAGGAGCUUGCCGCGGAUGCGACGCGUCGCUUUAAGUUUCCCAUCUUUGCGCGCAUGAAAGAGCUGCUGCAGCGCAUGAAGGAGCUGAAGCAGCAGCGGUGA